AUGCCUCUGACAGCAGAAUACAAGGCCAAAUGGCCAGUGUUUGCGCUGGCAUGGUCAAAUCAUCCGUCCACGUCGAGCUCCUCAUCGUCGUUCCAUCCUCGCAAUCCAUCCGGUUCAGCACGGUACAUCCCUUCCUCUCCAUCUCCUCUGGGACGUCAGGACAGCCUUGGCGGUCCUCCGCCUUCCACCACUCCUGGACCACCAGACAGCGCAAGGAUAGCCGUCGGAUCGUUCGUGGAACAAUACACCAAUCGUAUCCAGAUUCUGGGCUUUGAUCAACGCGACUCGACUUCGCUCACGCUCCUAGCAGACGCUUCCCAUCCAUAUCCACCAACGAAGCUCGGAUUUCAACCGUCGACGCUCUUUGAUGCUUCUUCCAGCGAGCGGCGUGAGGCAUCACUGGAAAGAGAAAGAAACCCGGGCGAGCGUGGUUAUGCUUCUCCGACAACGAAAUUGGCAAAGCGAGGCAGCUGGGGCGCUAAAGCACGGCCCUCUCUGUCAGGCGAAGGCGUAGAAUCGCCAGACUACUACCCAGAUAGAGAGCUGCUCGCAAGCACGGCUGAUUGCCUGCGUAUCUGGGAGAUCUAUCGAAACGAGUACUCAGAUCCAUACCAGUCUAGCUACGUAGGCGGCAAUGGAGGCGGUGGAGUACAGCAGGGCGAGGGCUCGCAACUGCCGUUUGCGUUACGCGAAAAGAGCGUCCUGGCACAUUCGAAAAACACAAAGAGCCCACCAGCACCACUGACAUCCUUCUCAUGGAACACGCCAUCACCGAAUCUGAUCGUGACUUCGAGUAUCGACACUACAUGUACCAUCUGGGAUCUUCCAACGCGCACAGCCUUGACACAACUCAUCGCACACGAUCGUGAAGUGUACGACGUCGACUGGUGUCCCGGAUCCGCUGACGUCUUUGCCAGUGUCGGGGCGGAUGGCAGUGUUCGCGUGUUUGAUCUGCGCAGCUUGGAACACUCUACCAUCAUUUAUGAGACAGGCACGGCGCCUGGCGCUACCGAGUCGCGUCCAGGGACAAGCAUGUCAAUGUCAUCAAGGGCCACAUCCACUCGAAGCGUACCCGCUGCUCCGCUGCUGCGGAUCGCCUUCAAUCCGUGGGAUGCCAACUACUUGGCCACGUUCCACCUGGAAUCCGACUCUGUACAGAUCCUCGACGUCCGUGCACCUGGUUCUCCCAUCCUGGAGCUUCGAGGUCAUUCGGCUGCAGUCAACGCGAUUGCAUGGGGCCCGCCCUCUGUUGGUGCCGGAGUGCUAGGUCCAAGCAAAGGUAUGGUCUGCUCGGCUGCGGACGAUGCGCAAGUCUUGGUCUACGAUCUCGCCUCGACGACGUUGCGAACCGCCUCGGCACAGGGCAGAAGGAGCCGAAACGGCCACGCUCCAUCACCAGCGCCCGGCUCUCUCGGGUACUCGCAUUCAACCUCUUCGUUUGGCGGCACAUCCAGCCCUGCGCCGACAUCGAGCAUCGCUGGCAGCAUCGGCAUCGGCGCCGAGAUCCCUUUCCUUGCCUACACAACGCCCAAUCAGGACAUGGUCAACAACGUCUCGUGGCUGCGUGCAGGGGGUGGGGGCCUUCCGCCAGGUGUCGGUGGCUUCGGCGGAGGUGGAGGUGGAGGAUCGAGCUCACACAAGAGUGUUGUGCAGGAAUGGAACGAGUUUACUGCGGGGAGCACCGGUGGAGGCAGCUCUUCAUCUGGGUUCGCUCCGCAUGAUUCGGACUGGAUCGCUCUGGCAGCGGGCAACUCGGUGCGCGCUCUCAAAGUAUGA